AUGUCAACUUUGGUAGGCGAGCGUGGAGUCCAGCUAUCCAGGGGGCAGAAGCAGCGGCUGGCCAUUCCACGUGCUAUAGUGAAGGAUCCGAAGAUACUCCUCCUCGACGAGGCUACUAGUGCAUUGGAUGCUGAAUCCGAAAGAGUGGCUCAAGGUGCAUCAGACAAAGUCAUGGUCAGUAGAACUACAGUCAUGGUGGCGCAUAGAUUAUCAACAAUAAAAAACGCAGACGUGAUCGUGGUGCUAAAAAAUGGAGUGAUCGUCGAGAAAGGAAAGCGCAACUCUCUGAUUUACAUCAAAGGCGGUUUCUGCGCGUCCUUGGUUGCUCUUCACAUGAGCGCAGCGUCAUCCUAA